GAAGGGCCUGUACGGGCCUCCGUAGGCCGUCUCCCGUCGACCUCCUCUGUCAUUGGUUGAGAGCGAGGUGGGCGGGUCGCCCCGGAGCCCGAGGAAGAAGGCGGCGGCGGCGGUGGUGACUGAGCGCAGCCCUGUGACAGGAUGGCUGGGCACAGAUUGGUGUUGGUAUUAGGAGACCUGCACAUCCCACACCGGUGCAACAGUUUGCCGGCUAAAUUCAAAAAACUGCUGGUGCCAGGAAAGAUUCAGCACAUUCUCUGUACUGGAAACCUUUGCACCAAAGAGAGUUAUGACUAUCUCAAGACUCUGGCCGGUGAUGUUCAUAUUGUGAGAGGAGACUUCGAUGAGAAUCUGAAUUAUCCAGAACAGAAAGUUGUGACUGUUGGGCAGUUCAAAAUUGGUUUGAUCCAUGGGCAUCAAGUUAUUCCUUGGGGAGACAUGGCCAGCUUAGCCCUGUUGCAGAGGCAGUUUGAUGUGGACAUUCUUAUCUCGGGACACACACACAAAUUUGAAGCAUUUGAGCAUGAAAAUAAAUUUUACAUUAAUCCAGGUUCUGCCACUGGAGCAUAUAAUGCCUUGGAAACAAACAUUAUUCCUUCAUUUGUGUUGAUGGAUAUCCAGGCUUCUACAGUUGUCACUUAUGUGUAUCAGCUAAUUGGAGAUGAUGUGAAAGUAGAACGAAUUGAAUACAAAAAAUCUUAAAAGCCAGGCCUAUCUUGCUGGGUUUUUUUUUUCAUUCCCUGUUCAAAUCAAGUAAUUAAACAUUUAUGAGCCACAGAAUUGUAUCACUUUUAUAAUAUUUUGCAGUAAAAUAUAAUAUCUUCUGUUAAUACAGUGUUCCAAGCUUCUUAUAAACUGUUAAGAAUAUAUUCCGUUCCCAUAUAUGAUUUAUAUGAAAAAAUGUCCACCACCCAGUAAAUGGUCACGUGUUAAGAAAAAUUUAUCCUUGUAAAUAUCUUCAAAGUUGAUAUUUGGAACUUUAUUACAAAAGUAGUGCAUGAGGAAAAAGAAUCUAGACUUUCUUGUAUACAUUUUUCUCUUCACUAAUAAACAAUUAACCUUUCAUUUAUA